UCUGAGCGAUUGAUUGCUUCGGCUUGGUGACGUAUUUUGUGGGCGUCCGUCGUGGUCUUCUGAUGACGCAGUUAGUCGGCUGCAAUGGCGCCGGUGAGGCGGUCCGCGAAGUGGCGGCCUGGUGGUAUUGAGGCGCGUGGUGAAGGGGUUUCCACUGUCGGGUACAGGAAUAAGAAUGUGAAACAGAAGACAUGGCGGCCUAACCACCCGCAAGCCUUCGUGGGGAGCGUUCGCGAGGGACAAGGCUUUGCUUUUCGAAGAAAACUGAGAAUACAGCAAAGUUACAAGAAAUUGCUACGUAAGGAAAAGAAGGCUCAAACGUCACUGGAAUCUCAAUUCACAGAUCGAUACCCAGAUAAUCUGAAACAUCUCUAUUUAGCUGAAGAGGAAAGACAUAGGAAGCAACCAAGAAAAGUCGACCAUCCUUUGUCAGAACAAGUUCACCAGCCGUUGCUUGAAGAACAGUGUAGCAUUGACCAGCCUUUAUUUGAAGAUCAGUGUAGCUUUGACCAGCCUCAGCCAGAAGAACAAAGUAUUAAAACAGUAAACUCCUUUACAAUUCCAAAGAAAAAUAAAAAGAAAACAUCAAAUCAAAAAGCACAAGAAGAAUAUGAACAGGUACAAGCCAAACGUGCUGCUAAGAAACAAGAAUUCGAGAGGAGAAAACAGGAGAGAGAAGAAGCCCAAAGGCAGUACAAAAAGAAGAAAAUGGAAGUGUUUAAAAUACUGAACAAAAAGACUAAAAAGGGCCAACCAAACUUGAAUGUACAAAUGGAGUACCUUCUUCAAAAAAUACAAGAAACAUGUUAAACAUUUUGUUCCUACAGGUUAAAAUAUCUGCUGCCUAUUAGGUUCUUCUGUGACAUGUGCCUCCCAGCAGUGAACUAAAUUUGUCGACAUAAACUGGAUUGCUAAACUAUGCUAAAUAUAAGAUGUUCACAUAUUUUUAUUAUGGUAAAAAAUUUUCUAAAUAUGUUCUACAUAUGUUUCUUAUUUAUUUGCCUCUGAAGGAAGGUUGGCCUGAAGAACUGAAAGAACCUCUUAUUUUGCAAGACAGGCCCAAGCAUGUAAUACUUUUGUACCAUAUGAGAUUUAUAUGAAAUAAAUUUUUUAAAAAAUAAGGAAUCAGAGCUAUCAAUGAAGCAUUUCAAUGAAAUGUUUCAAUUUAGUAAACAGUUAUGUUGUUUUAAAAUUUAUUUUAAUGAUGAGGGAGGCAAAGACUCCUCUUGGACUUUUUAUUUAUUUUAAAAGUACAUGUUACAGGGUGAUGGGUGCUGAAAUAAACUGCCCUCACCAUAUAACAAAGCGACCUUCACAAAGCAGUGAACUCAAAGUCUGAUAUUUAUAAACAUUCCCUUAAAUGGAAGUACAUGGCUUGUUAGUCUAAGAUCUUUUAAAUAAUGAUGGAAACCCCACAGUGUCACAGCAAGAAUUAAGCUUUCCAGUUCCUAUGGACCCUAUACUUUAAGAACAUUAUCUCUGUCUCCCUUGUUGGUACCCUUGUGAGCUGAGAUAAGCCACUGGGAUAACUGCUUCUCAUGCUUUGCAAAUUGCAGAAGAAUGAGAAAGGCUUGAAAUAUAUAUAUAGUCAUUGUAAGCAAAAAGGGCUGACCAAUAAUACUUGCCAAAUAUUGAAUAAAAUGUUAUAAAUGAUAGCAAA